GCCUUCCUGCUGCUGAUGGAUGAGACGGUGAAACCUCUGAGGAUUCCUCCUCAAAUGUCCGUCUACGCUGACAAACACGACAUCUUCCACCUGCUGCAGAGCUUGUUGUCCAGUCUGGUGAUGGACCAGCCUGCAGAUCCCAUCAGUUACCUGAGCACUCUACUGCAGAGGAGGAGCGUGGACAUCCCCAGAGUGCUGCUGCUCGGUCGUCCUGCUGUAGGGAAACACACUGUGGCCAAAAAGCUGAGUGCUGAUCUGAGAGCUGUGCAUGUGACCACAGAGAGUUUACUGCAGGACCAAUCAGAGCUGAGCUCUCAGGCUCGCCAUCACACGCCGACCGAGCAGCUUCCUGCCGAGCUGCUGAGGCUCCUUCAUCAGAGACUGAGUGAGAUCGACUGCUUCAGUAGGGGCUGGGUGUUGGAGGGAAUCCCUCAGACUCGUCUGCAGGCUCUGAGUCUCCAGCAGGCCGGAGUCAUCCCCAAACAUGUUGUACUGAUGGAGGCCCCUGAUGAUGUGUUGUUGGAGAGGAGUCGGGGGAAACUGGUGGACCCCCUGACCGGAGACGUGUACCAUCAGACCUUCAUCUGGCCGCUGGACGACACCGUCGCUCAGCGUCUGGAGGAGGGACGGAGCCCGUCAGAGACGCAGCGAUUGGCUGAGCUGCACCGCUACCGCUGUGAGGUCACAGGUCUGAGCUCAGCCUAUCAGCACGCCCUGAAGGUCAUCAACGCUGAUCAACCACACACUGACGUCUACCAACAAGUGCUGGCAUUUGUCCGGACUCGUCGUCGCUCCAGAACUCCCAGAAUCCUCCUGUUGGGUCCUCCGGGGUCGGGGAAGAGUCACCAGGCCAGACUGCUGUCAGAGAAAUACAAGAUGGUGGAUGUGUGUUGUGGUCAGCUGUUGAGGUCUGUAGCAGCUGAUGGUUCAGCUCUGGGAGAGGAGAUCCACUCAUACCUGGAUGAUGGGAGGCCAGUUCCAGACUCCCUGGUGCUGCAGGUUCUGGAGGAACGUCUGGGCCGAGUGGACUGCAGCUGCAGAGGAUGGAUCCUCCACGGCUUCCCCCGAGACCUGCAGCAAGCCAAGACCCUGCCGGAGUCCCAGCAACCCAACAGAGUUUUCUUCCUGGAGCUGAUGGACGAUGUUUGUCUGGAGAGAAUCUCUCUCAGAGCUACAGAUCCGGUCAGUGGACAGAGGUUCCAUGCUGUGACACGCCCGGCUCCCAGCUCUGACGUCCAGAACAGACUGCAGAUCAGACCUGAGGACAGCACACACACUGUGACACACACACUGAGGCGGUACAGGGUACACACUGCUGCCCUGCAGUCUGUGUAUCCAGAUGCAGGUCACAUUGAUGCUGAUCAGGAUCCUCACUCUGUGUUUGAGGCUCUGGAGAGCAGACUGACAGCUGACUGACUGCAAGACUCAUCAGGACUCACCUGGACUCAUCAGGACUCAUCAGGACUCACCUGGACUCAGGACUCACCUGGACUUAUCAGGACUCACCUGGACUCACCUGGACUCAUCAGAACUCACCUGGACUCACCUGGACUCAUCAGGGCUCACCUGGACUCAUCAGGACUCACCUGGACUCACCUGGACUUAUCAGGACUCACCUGGACUCAUCAGGACUCACCUCGACUCACCUGGACUCACCUGGACUCAUCAGGACUGACCUGGACUCACCUGGACUCAUCAGGGCUCACCUGGACUCAUCAGGACUCACCUGGACUCAUCAGGGCUCACCUGGACUCAUCAGGACUCACCUGGACUCACCUGGACUUAUCAGGACUCACCUGGACUCAUCAGGACUCACCUGGACUCACCUGGACUCACCUGGACUCAUCAGGACUGACCUGGACUCACCUGGACUCAUCAGGACUCAUCAGGACUGACCUGGACUCAUCAGGACUCACCUUGACUCAUCAGGACUCACCUGGACUCACCUGGACUCAUUCUUUAAACUUUUCCUCCAUUCUUUUUUGUAAGUUAAAUAAAAUGUGUUUUUAUUU